AUGAAGGGGAAAGGAGGAGAUGCGGGAUCCAGAUUUCCUUUGAGCUUUUGGGAGGUUGUUGCUGCUUCCACUGUUGUGUUGGGAUUUGUUUUGGGCCUUUUGGGGGUUUACCUAACCAUGCCUGCAUCUGAUUAUAGUUUCCUCAAGCUCCCUCGUACCCUUGAAGAUCUUCAAAUCCUUAGGGAUCACCUUGAAACUUAUACGAGUGAUUACACUGCACAAGUCCUGGUCGGAUACUCUGUGGUCUACAUUUUCAUGCAGACUUUUAUGAUCCCCGGGACUGUUUUUAUGUCAUUGCUUGCUGGGGCUCUUUUUGGAGUAUUUAAAGGUGUAGCUUUGGUGGUGUUCACUGCCACUGCUGGUGCUUCUUCUUGCUAUUUCCUUUCAAAACUAAUCGGGCGGCCUCUUGUCUUCAGUCUUUGGCCUGACAAACUUAGUUUCUUCCAAGAGCAGGUGGCUAGAAGAAGAGGAGGAUUGUUGAACUACAUGCUUUUCUUAAGACUGACCCCAACUUUACCAAAUACAUUUAUUAAUGUUGCUUCACCAAUAGUUGAUGUUCCUUAUCAUAUUUUCUUCCUGGCAACCUUGAUUGGACUUAUUCCUGCUGCUUAUGUCACUGUUAAGGCUGGGAUAGCUCUUGGAGAAUUGCAAUCGAUAGGGGAUCUUUAUGAUUUCAACUCCAUUGCCACUCUAUUCCUCAUUGGGGCUGUCUCUAUAACCCCUACAUUAAUGAGCAAGAGCAAAUCAUAG